UCCUAUAAGGGAGCACCUACCAUAAUUUUGAGUUAAAUAAAAAUUGCAAUAUUCUUUCGUACAUUUUAUUAGUAGUACCUACAUAUUAUUCUUAAAAUAAAUAUUUAGUGGUUUUUGUUUAUUUUUGUGUCUAAAAAUUAAAAAAAAAAUAAGAAAAAUAAACCCGGGGAAUAAAAAAAAAAGAUAAAAAGUCUUGUGCAUAAAAUAUAAUUUAAAUGAAAAAUAAUAAAAUGAUAAAAAAAUAUUUUUAUAAUAAAAGUAGACUUACUCAUGGCUAAACAAUUGAUUUAGUUAAUAUAAUAUAAUAAUAAUACCAACAACAAAGAUAAAGCACAUUGUGCUAAGAAAUAAAAGAGCAUAGCGUAUUAAAAUUUGAAAUAUUCUCAUAAUUGUUGUUGUUAAGCUGUUAAACAGCUGUCUAAAAUUUUUAUAUUCAGACAUACAUUCAUACGUGUUUUUUUGUGUUUUAUAUACACGUGAGUUCUUUUUUUUCAUCGCAAUACAAUAAAAAAAUACAAAGAACUGCAAUACAAUGGAUCCAAGACAAUUGGAAGAAGAAGCAGAAUCUAGUCGUUUAUAUCCACAACUCACAAAGGUGGAAAUCGUCAAUAAUACUCAACAAAGUACUACCGAAAAAGUACCAAUAACAACAAUCAACAAAAAUACCAGAAUUAAGAGUUACAUCGAGAAACCUCAAUGGGGUAAAUUAUUGACACUUGUGGGUUAUGCAUCUACAUUUGGUGCAGCCGUACCGGUGGGCUACUGUAUAGGUGUAAUUAAUAGUCCGGCUAGUCUUGUGAAAUCCUGGUGCCGUGAAAGUUUACUUCAACGUUAUGACUCGUUUUUAAAUGACUCAAGUUUGGAUAUGUUAUGGGCCUCUAUAGUGUCGGUGUUUUUAGUAGGCGGUGCUAUUGGUUCAUUAGGUGGUGCUGGCGCUGCAAAUAAGUUUGGAAGAAAAGGAUGUUUUCUUAUCAGUGGCCUUCUUUUUGCCGUGGGUGCCAUAAUGUUCUUCUUCUGUCGCAUGGCCAACUCGGUGGAAAUGUUAAUUUUAGGACGUCUGCUAGUGGGUCUAGCCUCUGGCCUAACAACAGCCACCUUACCCAUGUAUUUAACUGAAAUUGCUCCCCUAGCGUUACGUGGCACAAUGGGUGUAUUCUGUGCGGUUGGAGUAACGGGUGGUGUUGUUGUUGGUCAAGUCUUUAGUUUGCGAAAUAUUUUCGGAACUGCCGAACUAUGGCAUUAUGCCCUAAGUUUUUAUAUAGUUCUAGUAAUAAUCUGUUACCUGCCAUCAUUUUAUUUCCCCGAAAGUCCGAAAUAUUUGUAUAUAGUACGCGGUGAUCGGGAGCAAGCUUACAGUGAGCUGCUACGUUUAAGAGGUCCCAAUGCCACGGAGAUAAUUAAACAAGAAAUUGAUGAAAUGGAUUUGGAAUUAAAUGCUAAAGUACAAACUAGCAGCUUUGGUUCGGUUUUAAGAGAUCCGGCCUUAUUUUUACCCUUGUUAAUAGUAUGCUGUUUCCAUGGUGGCCAGCAGUUGUCGGGUAUAAAUGCGAUUUUCUAUUACUCUGUGUCUAUAUUCGAAAAAGCUGGUCUUUCUACUGCUGAUGCCGAGUGGGCUAAUUUAGGUGCUGGUUGCCUAAAUUUGGCCACUUCCUUUUUGGGCCCCAUGCUAAUGGCCAAAGUCAAUCGCCGUCCUUUAAUGAUGUUUUCCAGUGCUGUAUGUGCCGUCUUCCUAUUCAUCAUUGCCUUUAUUUUAAAUUAUAUUGAAGCUGCUAGUUGGUUCCCUUUGGCUUGUAUUGUAUGCAUUAUGGGCUAUAUAUUCUUUUAUCAAUUUGGUUUGGGUCCCAUUCCAUAUUUUAUUGGAUCUGAAAUCUUUGAAGUAGCUCCCCGUCCUGUUGCCAUGUCCAUGGGCAGUUUAGCUUCUUGGUCGUGUAAUUUUAUAAUCGGCAUGGCUUUUCCUCCACUAUCCAAUGCCUGGGGUGCCUUUGUAUUCUUGCCGUUUUCGGUGACAUGUGCUCUGCUGUUUGUCCUAACAAAAUUAUAUUUACCUGAAACCCGCGGUAAAGAUCCCUCAGAAGUAGCUCCUUUGGUAGCCAAAGGUUUUCGUUCUAAAGUGCUGCAAUAAAUUUUAUAUUAAUAUUUAUUUUGUAAUACAUUUAAUAAGAUUUAAGUUAAUGUUUAACCUACAAUCAAGUAAAGUGUUCAAGUUCAAAUUAAAAUUUUCAACAAUAUAAUAUAUUUUUAUAAUAAUAAAUACAUUUAAUUAGAAACAUAAAGAAUUGUUCAAAACAAACUAAAGUGAUAAUUAAUCCAUAAAAAGAAAUACAUAGUUAGUUUAUAAAGCAAUUUUUUGUAGAAAUUUUAGAAGAUAAAUUUAUUUAAUUAUUUAAAAUUUGUUUUAUUAAAUAUCUCCUAUGUACAUAGAAAUUUUAAGAAUUAACUAUUAAUAAUAAUAAUGUGUAAUACUUACUAUUAAUAAUAAAGAAUUUUUUAUAUACAAAA